AUGGAUCCAUACAUGCAAUGUAGAUUGGCCUCACAAGAUAGUAUAGAAUCAUUUUCAAAUAUGUUGAUGAAUGAUAAUGGUGAAAAGAAAACUCGAGGCCCUACACAAAUGCGUGAAAUAUGGGGAAAACGAGAUGGAGAGAAGAUAAAAAUCACUUGCAACGAUUUUGGACAGCCAUAUGAUAAAAGUGCAAGCAAACUUUCAAGCUUUAUUGGGACAUUAGCACGGGAUGGAAAAAAUGCUCCAAUUAAUUAUAAAACUUGGCAUGAGGAAAAAUUUGAAAUUCCUCCUCAUGCUAAGAAUUGGACUUUCAGAACUUUUGGAAGGAAACUUAGAGCUUGGAAAUCUUAUCUUAAAAAAACUUAUUAUUUGGAGCACUUAUCUUUUGAGGAGCAAAAGAAAUAUAAAGACAAACGAGUAUAUGAUGAUCAAUGGGAGGAACUAAUAAAAUAUUGGGCAACAGAAAGUGCAAUGAGAAAGAGUGCUAAAAACAAGACUAGUCGUGCAGAAAAAAAAUACAACCAUACAACUGGUACAAAGAGUUUUGCUCAACUUAGAGCAUUACAGAAAAAAGAUGGUGCAAGUACACCAACACGUGCAACCAUGUUCAAAAUCUGCUACUCAAAAAAAGAUAAGAGCAUUACUAAUGAGAAAACAAAAGAAGCAAUGUUACAAUUACAAGAGAAAGAAGAACUGAUUGAAGAUGCAUCAAAAGAAAAGAGUAUGAAUGACGUUUUUUCUGAAGUUAUGGGUAAAGAAAAACAUGGAUCAGUUCGCAUGUAUGGAUUUGGUGUUUGCCCAUCUGAUGUGUGGAAGGAUAAAUCAACUUGGAGAAGAAACCAAAAUGAGUAUGUAGAUACUCUGCAGUCAGAAGUAAAUGAUCUAAGGUCUCAAGUUCAAAUUCUUACUAAGACUAUUUUGCGCAAGCAAAAUAAUGGCAAUGAUAUAUCUACACUUCAGCCAUUACAUUAUAAUGAAAAUGCUACAUCUUCACACCUGGCCAUAAAUGCUAGUACCUUACAUAACAAAGAAACUCAACGUCAACUAUGGUUUUCAUCUUCAGCAUAUAAUACUCCUGUUGUUGAGGUUGGAGAAGUAGUCAAUCUUAAGAGUGUCACUAGUGAGCCUGAAACAAUUGCUAUUGGUAUCGUUUUAAGUAGAGAUCCAUCAAAAGAAGUUGGAGGAAAAAAGCUUGGAUCCUUUUUUUCUGAAGUUAUAGUACAAGUUCCUAUUAAGCCUGACGAACAACUGAUUAAAUCAUAUGGACAUUUUAAGACAAUUGGUCAAGUUGUUGGAGCCCCUAUUGCAUGGCCAACAACAUUUGUGAUUCCAAGGGAAUCAGAUACACAACUUGGUGACUCAAUGCUAUGA